AUGGCCCUGACCACCAAUCUCUCCUCCCAUCUCGCUCUGGUGACCGGAGCGACAGGCGGAAUAGGCAAAGCAACGUGCCUUGCCCUCGCUCACCUCAACUGCUCCGUAGCCGUCCACUACCACAGCGCCUCCGACACGGCUGAAUCGCUCGUUGCCCAGCUCAAAUCCAUGAACGUGCGCGCCUCUGCCUUCCGCGCCGAUCUGUCCUCCUACGACGAGACCCGCGCUCUCCACGCCGACAUCGUGCGAGAGAUGGGCCAUCCAACCAUCCUUUUCAACAACGCCGGGUUGACCAUGGGGAAAUCCCGCGUGAAGGAUAUCCUUGAGGUGUCCGUGGAUGACUUUGAACAGACGUGGAGAGCGAAUUGCGGCACGGCGUUUUUGCUCACCCAGUUGUGUAUCCCCAAGAUGGUAGAGGCCGGCUGGGGCAGAGUCGUGUUUUGUUCCAGUGUCGCUGGCUUUACAGGUGGUGUGGUGGGACCGCAUUAUGCGUCGUCCAAGUCGGCACUGCACGGCCUGGUGCAUUGGCUGGCAGGCGCCUAUGCAAAGACUGGCGUAACCAUCAACGGCGUCGCUCCAGCCCUGAUCGAGGAGACCAAGAUGCUGCCUGGAGGGUCCGCUGAGUUAUCUGCGAAAAUCCCCAUCGGCAGACUUGGGAAACCUGAAGAGAUCGCAGAGACGGUCCUGUGGAUCGUCAAGACCGGUUAUGUCCACAACAAGAUCAUCGCAGUCGACGGUGGCAUGUUCAUCCAGUAA